CGCAACUUUUCGCAGUCGCAGUCCAGCCAUACCACACACAACCAUGGCGCCCUCCUCAACACCCAGUCAAGCCGAGCUGGACCGGCGGAGGAUAGUCGGUAUCAACAAGGAAACUGUCACCGAUGUGACUUCGACCGACUACCCGGGCACCUACGCCGGCGAGGACCACGCUUGGGACCUCGACCGUUUCGCCUCCAACUUCCGCGUCCAGUUCCACCACAAUGCCCAGCACGAAGCCUCCUUCUCCCUCAUCGGCGUCGAUGCCUCCAUCGCAAACGCCUUCCGCCGCACCCUCAUCGCCGAGAUCCCCACCAUCGCCAUCGAGAAUGUCUACAUCGAGAACAACACCUCGGUGAUCCAGGACGAGGUCCUCGCCCACCGCCUCGGCCUCAUCCCCUUCACUGGAAACCCCGAGGGCCUGCACAAGUUCUUGAAGUGGUACCGCAAGCCCGAGCAGGGCGGCAAGGGCUCCUUCGACUACAACACCGUCCAGCUGCGCCUGCGCAUCGAGUGCACCCGCAACCCGGACGCCGCCCCCGGCGAGACGGACCCGGCAAAGGCCUUCCACCACGCGAACGUCUACGCAAAGGACAUUGAGUUCGUCCCCACCGGCCGCCAGGUCGAGUUCUUCUCCGGCGAGGACGCCAUCCGCCCCGUCAACCCCGACAUCCUCAUCGCCAAGCUGCGGCCCGGCCAGUGCAUCGAGCUCGACAUGCACAUGCACAAGGGCAUCGGCUCCGACCACGCCAAAUUCUCCCCCGUCGCUACCGCUUCGUACCGUCUCAUGCCCACCAUCACCAUCACGCGGCCAAUCCUCGGCCAGGACGCGGACAAGUUUGCUAAGUGCUUCCCCCAAGGCGUCAUUGGCUUCGAAAAGGUCACAAAGAAGGAGGCCGCCGUUGCCGGCAGCGGAUACGAGGGUCACGAGGGCGAGAAGAAGGCCGUGGUCAAGGACGCCAUGAGGGAUACAGUCAGUCGUGAGUGCUUGCGCCACCCCGAAUUCGAGGGCAAGGUCAAGUUGGGCCGGGUGCGCGAUCACUUCAUCUUCUCCAUUGAGAGCACAGGACAGUGGGACAGCGACGAAUUGUUUUUGGAGUCGGUUAAGCAGUUCAAGACGAGGUGUAUCCGUCUUGAGCAGCAGGUCAUCAACAUGGUUAGAUGA